CUUGUCUCAACACCCUCAGGCACUAUUCAGCUUGAACAUCCAUAAUUCUCAAAUACUCCAAGAGUGACUGGACCAUCUGUCCCAGAAUUCACCUUUUUUGCCGUACUCAGUGUACUCUGUGCAGUGAUCAUGCCAAGCCAGCUGGAGGGAGCAAUGGAUGCUCUGAUCCGUGUAUUUUACAACUAUUCAGGUAACGACGGAGAUAAAUACAAACUGAACAAAGGCGAGCUGAAAGAACUUCUGAACAGUGAGCUGACAGACUUCCUCACAUCCCAGAAGGACCCUAUGCUUGUGGAGAAGAUUAUGAAUGAUCUUGAUUCCAAUAAAGACAAUGAAGUGGAUUUUAAUGAAUUUGUGGUUCUGGUGGCAGCACUGACUGUUGCCUGCAAUGACUUCUUCCAGGAAGUGCAGAAAAAUAAAUGAGAGUGCAGAACCUUGCAAUUUAUAAAAUAGAUACAGUAUACUGUAUGUUAUAGUGAUAAAAGUUCUGUCAGGUUGUGGUUGUGAAUGUGUACAACAAUACCAUUAAAUCCUUGUGUGUAAGAUUUGUGUGUAUAAAUUUCUUGUUUAUGUGUGUAUAUGGAUCAGAAAACUUUGCCCUUAACUACUGUUCACUGGAUAUGUUUUAUUUCAAAUUUAUAAAAUAAAUAAUUGACAAUUUUACCAUGAAAUAAAUUCGUUUACACUGCCUUAUAAUCUGAAAUUUUAAAUUGCUUAUUUGUCAUUAACUAAUGUUUUUUUAGACACACUGAGGUGUACCCAGGCCAAGUCAAAGCAUCCCUAUUGCAUCAUUUAGGGUUUGUCAUAGAUUUCAUUCACAAUUGCUGUUAAUAAAUGUUGAUACAAUAGUAUGCAAUAUAUUUAAUAAAACCUGUUUGUGCAGAACA